AAGUCAAUUUUUCAGCAAAUUGGGAUAUUCAACCAGUAUAAUGGCGAGAAGACGUACCAAGAAGCGCACUCAACUGCAUGGGCAGAAUGACUCAGCGAAUUCGAAAAAUGCGGCGUCUCAAUCGCCCAAGUCGAUGGUCAUUCGAAUUGGAGCAAGUGAAGUUGGCUCAAGUGUCAGCCAACUGGCUAAGGACUUUCGCUUGAUGAUGGAGCCUGAUACAGCUAGUCGUCUUAAGGAAAGAAGAGCGAAUAAGCUCAAAGACUACGUUGUCAUGGCAGGACCGCUCGGCGUUACGCAUCUCAUUUUGUUCUCAAAAUCAAGUACCGGAAACACCAAUAUGCGUCUUGCACUCACUCCGCGGGGCCCAACUCUUCAUUUCAAAGUGGAAAACUACUCGCUUUGCAAAGAUGUCGCAAAAGCACUCAAACACCCCCGCGGUGGUGGACAGGAUCACCGAACGCCUCCUCUUUUAGUCAUGAACAAUUUCAAUACCCCCGACGCCGAUGAAGAUUCCAAGAUACCCAAACGUCUAGAAUCGCUUGCCACGACUGUUUUUCAAUCACUAUUCCCUCCUAUUAACCCCCAGGCUACGCCGCUGACUUCGAUACGCCGUGUAAUGAUGCUGAAUCGAGAGAAGGUACCAAACGACGAUGCAUAUAUUCUGAAACUUCGUCACUAUGCAAUUACCACGAGAAAGACUGGUGUUUCGAAGAGGAUACGUCGUCUCGAUCCAACUUUGCAAAGACAUAAAGAUCCCAAAAAAAGUUUACCGAAUCUGGGAAAACUGGAGGAUGUUGCUGAUUACCUUCUUGAUCCGGCCGCCGGAGGUUACACGUCGGCUAGCGAAACUGAACUAGACACGGAUGCGGAGGUUGAAAUUACCGAAAGCACGACCAAGAAAGUGCUCAGUCGGCGCGAGAUGCAACGGCUGAAAGCGGGUGAAAAAUCAGCAACUAAUAAGCAGUCGGUCAAACCUAAUGUCGAGAAGAGAGCAGUCAAAUUAGUCGAACUAGGCCCCCGGAUGACUUUACGAUUGAAGAAAGUCGAGGAAGGACUUUGCGGCGGAAGAAUCAUGUGGCAUGACUUCAUCUCCAAGUCAGAGAAGGAGGUUAAAAAAAUGGAUGACGAGUGGAACCGUAGAAGGAAAGAGAAGGAAGAGCGCAAAAAGCAACAGAGAGCGAAUAUCGAGAAGAAGAAGCAGGAUAAGGCCAAAGCAAAAGCCAACGGGCAAGGGGGAGACAAUGCAGAUGACGACGACGAAGAUGUUAGCAUGGAUGAUGAUUAUGAAUGGGACAGUGAUGAAUAUGACGGAGAAGCUGGUGUUGAGGAGGACAGUGAGGGCGACAAUGGCAGUGAUGAUGACGAGUUUAUGGAAGAGUAG